CGGCCGCCCCGCGGGCCAAGGUCGAGCCCUCCCGCCCGUGGGCGAGCGCGCCGGCCGACCCUCCCGAGAGCCACCGCCACAAAGAGAACGGGCCGGCGGCUGCUCCCAUGACUCCCUGAAGUUGCGCCGGCCGCGCUGAGUUGUGCCCCGCGCCCCGUGCGUCCCCGCGCGCCCAGCCCGCGCCCGCGCCCCGCCGGCAUGGACGUCCACACCCGCUGGAAAGCGCGCAGCCCGCCCCUCCCGGGCGCCCCGCUGCUGUCCCCGCCGCUGUUGCUGCUGCUGCUGCUGUGGGCGCCGCCUCCGAGCCGCGCAGCUCAGCCAGCAGAUCUCCUGAAGGUUCUAGAUUUUCACAACCUGCCUGACGGAAUAACCAAGACCACAGGCUUUUGUGCAGCGCGGCGAUCUUCCAAAGGCCCGGAUGUCGCUUACAGGGUCACAAAAGAUGCCCAGCUCAGCGCGCCCACCAAGCAGCUGUACCCUGCAUCUGCAUUUCCCGAGGACUUCUCCAUUCUAACCACUGUGAAAGCCAAGAAAGGCAGCCAGGCCUUCCUGGUCUCCAUCUACAAUGAGCAGGGCAUCCAGCAGAUCGGCCUGGAGAUGGGCCGCUCUCCGGUCUUCCUCUAUGAGGACCACACAGGGAAACCGGGGCCGGAGGACUACCCCCUCUUCAGAGGCAUCAACCUGUCAGAUGGCAAGUGGCACAGAAUCGCUCUCAGCGUCCACAGGAAGAAUGUCACCUUGAUCCUGGACUGUAAAAAGAAGAUGACCACGUUCCUGGACCGCAGCAAUCACCCCGUGAUAGACGUUAACGGCAUCAUCGUGUUUGGCACCCGAAUUCUGGAUGAGGAGGUGUUUGAGGGAGACAUCCAGCAGCUGCUCUUCGUCUCGGACCACCGGGCAGCUUACGAUUACUGCGAACACUACAGCCCUGACUGUGACGCUGCGGCCCCCGACAAGCCCCAGUCUCAGGACCCCAAUCCAGACGAAUAUUACCCGGACGGAGAGGGUGAAGGAGACACCUAUUACUACGAGUACCCCUACUACGAGGACACGGACGACGUGGGCAAGGAGCCCACCCCCACCAAGACACCAGUGGAAGCUGCUCGAGAGACCACGGAGGUGGCCGAGGAGCUGACCCAGCCCCCCACGGAAACCCCUCCGGUGCCCGACACCAGCGAGGGGGCCGGCAGGGAGGAGGACCCCGGCAUCGGCGACUAUGACUACGUACCCAGCGAGGACUACUACACCCCGCCCCCUUACGAGGACCUCAACUACGGCGAAGGCGUCGAGAGCCCCGACGAGAGCCCCGACCAGGCCCCCGACCAGGCCCCCGACCAGUCCCCCGACCAGGGCGCCCGGGCCGAAGUUCCCACUAGCACGGUCCUCACCUCCAAUGCCUCUAACCCGGAUCCGCCUCCGGAGGAGGGGAUGGACGACUUGGAGGGAGAGUUCACAGAAGAAACUAUCAAGAACCUGGACGAAACCUACUACGACCCUUACUACGACCCCACCAUCUCCCCGUCGGAGAUCGGGCCGGGCAUGCCCGCCAACCAGGACACCGUCUACGAAGGGAUCGGACCACGGGGCGAGAAAGGUCAAAAGGGAGAACCUGCCAUCAUCGAACCAGGCAUGCUCCUGGAGGGGCCGCCCGGCCCCGAAGGCCCCGCGGGUCUCCCAGGACCUCCAGGAACGAUGGGUCCCACUGGCCAAGUGGGUGACCCUGGAGAAAGGGGUCCCCCUGGACGCCCAGGCCUUCCUGGGGCUGACGGGCUGCCCGGCCCUCCUGGAACCAUGCUUAUGCUGCCUUUCCGGUUCGGAGGGGGCGGCGAUGCGGGCUCCAAAGGACCCAUGGUCUCAGCCCAGGAGUCCCAAGCUCAAGCCAUCCUCCAGCAGGCCCGGCUGGCGUUGAGGGGGCCGGCUGGCCCGAUGGGUCUCACUGGGAGACCCGGCCCCAUGGGCCCUCCCGGGAGCGGAGGUCUGAAGGGCGAGCCGGGAGACAUGGGGCCUCAGGGUCCCCGGGGUUUGCAGGGCCCCCCUGGCCCGUCAGGAAAGCCUGGAAGAAGGGGACGAGCUGGCAGCGACGGAGCAAGAGGGAUGCCUGGACAGACGGGCCCCAAGGGUGACCGCGGCUUCGAUGGCCUGGCUGGGCUGCCGGGAGAGAAGGGCCACCGGGGCGACCCUGGUCCUUCCGGCCCUCCGGGACUGCCAGGGGAAGACGGAGAAAGGGGUGACGAUGGAGAAGUCGGGCCCAGAGGGCUGCCCGGGGAGCCUGGGCCUCGUGGUCUGCUGGGGCCGAAGGGGCCCCCAGGCCCUCCUGGACCUCCUGGUGUGACGGGAAUGGAUGGCCAACCAGGCCCGAAAGGCAAUGUGGGUCCCCAGGGAGAGCCCGGCCCCCCGGGACAGCAGGGUAAUCCAGGCGCCCAGGGCCUUCCGGGCCCCCAGGGUGCAAUCGGACCUCCAGGAGAAAAGGGCCCCCUGGGUAAACCAGGCCUCCCAGGAAUGCCCGGUGCUGAUGGACCCCCGGGGCACCCUGGCAAAGAAGGCCCUCCGGGAGAGAAGGGAGGCCAGGGUCCGCCCGGCCCCCAGGGCCCCAUCGGCUACCCAGGCCCUCGUGGAGUCAAGGGGGCAGACGGCAUCCGAGGUCUGAAGGGCACCAAGGGCGAGAAGGGUGAAGAUGGCUUUCCGGGCUUCAAAGGAGACAUGGGCAUCAAGGGAGAUCGGGGGGAGAUCGGCCCACCUGGUCCCAGAGGGGAGGACGGUCCCGAAGGCCCCAAGGGUCGUGGAGGUCCGAAUGGUGACCCGGGUCCUCUGGGACCCUCUGGGGAGAAGGGAAAACUUGGAGUCCCAGGAUUGCCCGGCUACCCAGGAAGACAGGGGCCAAAGGGUUCAAUCGGAUUUCCUGGAUUUCCUGGCGCCAACGGAGAGAAGGGUGGCCGGGGCACCCCUGGGAAGCCGGGACCACGGGGGCAACGAGGCCCAACGGGUCCACGGGGUGAAAGAGGCCCCCGAGGCGUCACUGGGAAGCCUGGCCCCAAGGGCAACUCUGGAGGCGAUGGCCCGGCCGGCCCUCCGGGUGAACGGGGACCCAACGGACCCCAAGGACCCACGGGGUUCCCUGGACCAAAGGGUCCCCCGGGGCCCCCGGGCAAGGAUGGGCUCCCGGGACACCCUGGACAGAGAGGAGAGACGGGUUUCCAAGGCAAGACCGGCCCUCCAGGCCCCCCGGGUGUGGUCGGCCCUCAGGGUCCCACGGGAGAAACUGGACCCAUGGGUGAGCGUGGCCACCCCGGGCCCCCGGGCCCCCCUGGUGAACAAGGGCUCCCGGGCCUGGCCGGAAAAGAAGGGACGAAGGGCGACCCAGGCCCCGCCGGCCUUCCUGGAAAAGAUGGCCCCCCAGGGCUUCGUGGCUUCCCCGGGGACCGAGGGCUUCCUGGUCCAGUGGGGGCGCUUGGACUGAAAGGCAGUGAAGGCCCCCCAGGCCCGCCAGGCCCCGCGGGAUCUCCAGGGGAGAGAGGUCCGGCCGGUGCUGCUGGGCCCAUCGGAAUUCCAGGGAGACCUGGGCCCCAGGGACCUCCCGGGCCGGCUGGGGAGAAAGGAGCUCCUGGCGAGAAAGGUCCACAAGGCCCAGCUGGCCGAGACGGACUACAGGGUCCCGUGGGGCUCCCUGGUCCAGCUGGCCCUGUGGGUCCCCCUGGAGAAGAUGGAGAUAAGGGGGAGAUCGGGGAGCCGGGACAGAAGGGGAGCAAGGGAGACAAAGGUGAACAGGGUCCACCUGGGCCUACAGGACCUCAAGGCCCCAUCGGACAGCCAGGCCCCUCUGGAGCUGACGGCGAGCCAGGUCCUCGUGGGCAGCAGGGCCUUUUUGGGCAGAAAGGUGAUGAAGGUCCAAGAGGUUUUCCCGGGCCCCCGGGACCCGUGGGGCUGCAGGGUCUGCCGGGACCUCCAGGAGAGAAGGGCGAGACGGGAGAUGUGGGUCAGAUGGGUCCCCCAGGUCCCCCCGGCCCCCGAGGACCCUCCGGAGCUCCAGGUGCUGACGGGCCGCAAGGCCCCCCAGGUGGAAUAGGCAAUCCUGGUGCAGUGGGAGAGAAGGGUGAGCCCGGUGAAGCUGGAGAGCCUGGCCUUCCCGGCGAAGGGGGCCCCCCGGGACCCAAAGGCGAAAGGGGAGAGAAGGGUGAGUCGGGCCCUUCCGGUGCUGCUGGACCCCCUGGACCCAAGGGCCCUCCCGGAGACGACGGUCCCAAAGGCAGCCCCGGCCCGGUCGGUUUUCCCGGAGAUCCCGGUCCCCCCGGAGAGCCUGGCCCCGCGGGUCAAGACGGUCCCCCUGGUGACAAAGGAGAUGACGGUGAAUCCGGACAAACGGGAUCCCCGGGCCCUACUGGUGAACCAGGUCCAUCUGGGCCUCCGGGCAAAAGGGGUCCCCCCGGCCCCAUAGGUCCCGAAGGCAGGCAGGGAGAGAAAGGAGCUAAGGGAGAAGCCGGCUUGGAAGGCCCUCCUGGGAAGACUGGCCCCAUUGGCCCCCAGGGGGCCCCUGGGAAGCCCGGGCCCGAUGGCCUGCGAGGGAUCCCUGGCCCUGUGGGUGAGCAAGGUCUCCCAGGAGCCCCAGGCCCCGACGGCCCCCCCGGCCCCAUGGGUCCCCCAGGACUCCCUGGCCUCAAAGGAGACUCUGGACCCAAAGGGGAAAAGGGACAUCCAGGCUUGAUCGGGCUCAUCGGACCUCCGGGCGAACAGGGAGAAAAGGGUGACCGCGGUCUCCCCGGCCCCCAGGGCUCCUCUGGCCCUAAGGGAGAACAGCUAAUUGUCCAGGAGGUCACUGGCAAUGCUCAGCCACACCCUCGCUCCCACCUUGACCCCAUGUAUGCACACCUGACCCUAGACUUCCAUGGGGACCCCCGUAGCUAA